AUGGCUCCUAUUAAACGGAAAGGAGCUACAGCCGAGCCUUCUGCGAAGCAGCAGAAGCGUGCUCGUGUCACCUCGGAAGAAAGCAAAGCAGAGUCCGGCCUGCAGAAAAAAUCCAAAUUGGGUAAAGAGGUUCAAGAAGCAGACCGCAAGUCCGCUGUUCGACAACAGGACUCUGACUUUUCAAUUGUCCGUGAUGAGGAACCCUCGUUUCCUCGAGGUGGUGGAAGUGUCCUCACCCCAUUAGAGCGCAAGCAAAUCCAGCAACAGGCCACUCGAGAUGUUCUCUUCGAGCACAAAGGGCCUAGUAAAACUACUAGAGGUCUUGUUGAAGACGAUUCGGAUGUCGACAUUGACAUGCAAGAUGCAAGUGCAGAUGUCAAACCCGCAAAGAAGCCGCGCAAGUCGCAACAUAAAAAGCAAGCAAAUCAACCAAAACCAAACAAGGAGGGUGUUCGGAUUGAAUCGCUCAGCUUCAAGAGGUUAACUGUAGGAACAAUGGUUCUUGGGCAAGUAACCAGCAUUAAUGCCAACGAUAUCGGCCUAGCUCUACCGAACAACCUCACAGGAUAUGUUCCUUUGACUGCGAUGUCGAAAACAUUGGAUCAGAAGAUCGAGAAACUACUCAAUGUGAAUGAGGGUGAAGAAGAUGAUUCAGACGAAGAAGAGGAUGCCCUUGAUCUCAAGUCUUACUUCUAUCUGGGUCAAUAUCUACGUGCCUCUGUGACCUUGACCGGAAACAGCUCUACAGAGGCGGGUGCCACUAAAAUUAAGAAACGCAUUGAGCUGUCUCUGGAUCCCAGACAGACAAAUUUUGGCUUGUCAAAAUCUGAUUUGGCUGAAGAUGUUUUGGUACAGGCUUCUGUGGCAAGCAUUGAAGACCAUGGCUUGGUCAUGGAUAUCGGCCUCGAAGGCCAGGACAUCAGAGGUUUCAUGUCGUCGAACGACAUUGACUCGGAGUUGGACUUCUCUACAGUCAAAGAAGGCUCUGUAUUUCUUUGCGUUGUGACUGGGUUCAACACGAGCAAGACUGUCGUCAAACUCUCGUCCAAUCUCCGAGCCUCUGCAUCAGUAAAAAAAUCUCACUUUCUCACUUCAGCCCCCACUAUUAACACCUUCUUGCCGGGUACAGCCGCGGAGAUACUCGUGACUGAUGUAUCAGAUACUGGUUUGGCGGGCAAAAUCAUGGGCCUCCUCGAUAGCACCGUUGAUAUCGUUCAUUCAGGAGCCAAUUCUGGAUCUGUUGAUCUUACGAAGAGGUUUCAGACCGGUACUAAGAUUAAAGGAAGAAUAAUUUGCACCUUCCCGGCCUCCGAGCCUUAUAAAGUCGGCUUCUCGCUUUUGGACCACGUCUUGAAAUUCACCUCGGCUCGAAGUUCGUCAUCUAGCAACAACUCAGUUCCUUCUAUCUCUGCGGUUCUGGAUGCAAAUGUCGUUAAGGUGGAGCCUGGUUUGGGACUUUAUGUGGAAGUUGGAUCACCAAAACACUUAGGCUUUGUCCAUGUUUCAAGAGUGGCCGAUGGGACUGUGGAAACAAUUUCGGCCGAACACGGCGCUUUCAGACUGGGAAGUACGCAUGAGGCUCGUGUUACUGGGUAUAAUCCGAUCGAUAAUCUUUUCUUGCUAUCAUUUGAAAGAGCCAUUAUCGACCAGCCCUUCAUCCGACUUGAGGAUGUGACUAUUGGCGCCGUGGUAAAGGCAAAGAUUGAGAAGGUACUCAUUGGCCCGAAUGGAGUUGACGGAAUCAUCCUGUCGCUGGCGGAUGGUAUUACUGGAAUGGUACCAUCGAUCCAUUUGGCUGAUACAAUACUCCAACACCCUGAAAAGAAAUUCCGCGAGGGGUUGACAGUAUCUGCCAGGAUUCUGUCGGUGGACUUGGAAAAGCAACACAUACGGCUUACACUCAAAAAGAGUCUUCUCAACAGUGAUUCUGCUGUCUGGAUGGAUUACAAUAACAUUGUACCAGGAACUCAAUCACCAGGAACGAUAAUUAAUAUUCAACCACACGGGGCAAUUGUUCAAUUCUACAGUUCCGUAAAAGGCUUCCUACCCGUAUCGGAGAUGAGCGAAGCUUAUAUCAAGGAUCCCUCCCAGCAUUUCAGAAAAGGCCAGGUUGUCAAUGUUCACUGUCUCAAUGUGGAUGCAGCUUCUGAAAGACUCUUGGUUUCUUGCAAAGAUCCAUCAACCUUGUCCGAAUCUUAUAAAGCGGCUUUUGAUGAGAUUCACCCAGGUGUCGCUGUCGUGGGUACCGUUUUCCAAAAGUCCAGUGACGACUUGCUCUUGAAACUCGAUAAAUUUGAUGUGAUUGCGCAGUUAACUGCAAGCCAUCUUUCUGAUGGCGAUAUCUCAAAACAAAACACAGCACUUUCAAAGAUCAGGGUUGGACAGAAACUACCUGGUCUUGUGGUUUUGAACGUUGAACGAGCACGCAGAUUAAUUAAAGUGACAAAUAAACCUAGUCUGAAAAGAUCACUAAAAGAGGGUAGUCUUCCUUCUAAAUUCCAGGAUAUUCACGAGGGCAUGUCUGUUACUGGUUUUGUUAGAGCCAUAACCUCUGUGGGAGUCUUCGUUGAAUUUCUUGGUGGUCUUAAUGCCUUGUUGCCUAAGCGUUUGAUCGACGAUGAGCACAUCAAUCAACCUCAUUUUGGGUUGCAUCUUUUCCAACCCUUGUCGGCCACCAUCCACCAAAUAGAUGAAGAUUUCCGGAGAUUCACGUUGACUAUGCGCCCAUCCAUAAAAACAUCAAACUUUGCGAAAACAAAAAAGACAAAUGAAAGCUCUCUUCCAGAACUCGAGCUGCUUUCAAACCCAGUCGACGAAAACAUUAAAUCAGUGGCCGACUUUAUUGUGGGAAAAGCAACCAAGGCCAGAAUUGCUUCCGUCAAGGACACACAAAUAAAUGUUGUUCUUGCUGACAAUAUACAAGGCCGGAUCGAUGUCUCGGAGGUUUUUGAUAAAUGGGAAGACAUCAAGGAUCGCAAACGGCCUUUGUGUACAUUCCGAGCUAAAGAAGUCAUUGAUGUUAGGAUUCUAGGUGUGCACGAUGCUCGCACCCACAAAUUCUUGCCAAUCAGUCACCGAACAAGCAAGAAUCCUGUUUUUGAGCUCUCUGCCAAGCCUAGUGUGCUCGCCGCCCAAAACUUGAAUCCAUUACAACUGGAGCAAAUGAAAGUUGGCUCUGCAAUGUUUGGGUUCAUUAAUAACUUUACUGAGGAAUGCGCCUGGGUCAACCUUUCGCCCAAUGUUCGAGGUCGACUACGGGCCAUUGACCUCACCGACGAUUUAGCGAGCUUAGCUGAUCUAGAAAAUCAAUUCCCGAUUGGCUCCGCCUUGAAAGUGCGCGUGAUAGAAGUCGAUGCGACGAAGGGACGUUUAGAUCUCUCAGGAAAACAAAAGUCUGCCCGGGAGUUAACAAUUGAUACUCUUUCAAAGGGCAUGAUUUUACCUGGAAGGGUUACAAAGAUCACAGAGAAACAACUUACAAUACAGUUAAGCGAAACGCUUGUUGGACUUGUAGGUCUCACUGAUAUGGCUGACGACUACUCUAAAAUCGACACGUCCGUUUACAGGAAGAAUGAAGUUCUCCGCGUUUGCAUUAUCAAUAUUGACAAGGAAAAGAAGAAUAUUUACCUCUCACUACGACCAUCAAAAAUUCUGAGUUCAUCGCUUCCUGUACAAGACCCAGAGAUCAAUUCGAUAAGUCAGUUGAAGGUCAACGACGUUGUUCGUGGUUUCAUCCGCAGAGUUGCAGACAAUGGUCUUUUUGUAUCGUUAGGUCACAACGUUGUCGCUUAUGUCCGUAUUUCAGAUUUGUCUGAUUCCUAUCUCAAGGAAUGGAAAGAUGAAUUUCAGACGGGCCAAUUGGUGAAGGGUCGCGUCUCUGUUGUCGACGAGGAAAACAACAAAUUACAGCUGACUUUGAAGGAAUCGGCAUUAGACCCUAACUAUAAAACGCUUUUGACGUUCCGCGAUUUUAAACCAGGUCAAGUGGUGACAGGAAAGGUUCGAAAAGUGGAAGAGUUUGGUGCAUUCAUUGUUAUUGACGGUUCGGCCAACGUGAGCGGUCUUUGUCACCGCAGUCAGAUGGCGGAACAAGUUGUCGAAGACGCUAGGAAGCUUUUCGAGGCUGACGAUAAUGUCAAAGCAAAAAUCUUAAAAAUCGACACAAAACAGCAGAAGAUCUCUUUUGGUCUCAAAGCUUCGUACUUUGAAGGUGAUGAGGAUUCCGAUAGUAGUGAUGAGGGUGGAGCCUUACUGGACAGUGAUGAUGAUAGCGAUGAAGAAUCAUCCCUAGGUGGAGUUGAAUUGGAUGAUGGCGGCAGUGAUGUAGUCAUGGGUAAAAGUGGACUAGACGAUCAUCUAGGCGGCCUUGACGUUGGCGGUUUCGAUUGGACGGGCAAUGCCAAUCUGCCAAAAACCUCAAAGACUAUCAACCAUGCAGACAAGAGCGAUGAUGAAGAUGAUGCCAAGAAAAAGAAAAAGCGCUCUCGCAAACCCGAGAUCCAAGUUGAUCAAACUGGAGAUUUGGAUGCUCGUGGUCCACAGUCAGUAGCCGACUACGAACGACUCUUGCUCGGUGAACCAGAUUCUUCAAUCUUGUGGUUGCAAUACAUGGCAUUCCAACUUGAACUAGGAGAGGUGGAAAAAGCAAGAGAGGUUGGAGAACGUGCUCUUCGCUCUAUCAGCAUUGGACAGGAUACCGAAAAGAUGAACAUUUGGGUGGCUUUGCUCAAUUUGGAGAAUAUCUACGGUACAGAUGACAGCCUUGAAGAAGUAUUUAAGAGGGCAUGUCAAUACAACGAUACCCAGGAAGUUUAUGAGCGGUUGAUUAGCAUUUUCAUCCAAUCUGGAAAGAACGAAAAAGCGGAUGAACUGUUUCAAACAGCGCUCAAGAAAAAGAUCUCCUCUUCUCCAAAGUUCUUCAUCAACUACGCCACAUUUCUUUUUGAUAAUCUGUCUGCUCCUGAUCGUGGUCGUGAAUUGCUUCCUCGUGCUAUGCAGUCUCUACCCACGUACACUCACGUUGAAGUCACAUCCAAAUUCAUCCAACUCGAAUUUCGAUCCGCCAACGGAGAUGUGGAGAGGGGUAGAACCCUCUUUGAGGGGCUUCUAUCGUCAUUCCCCAAGCGAAUUGAUUUGUGGAAUAUAUUACUCGAUUUGGAAAUGAAGCAAGGAGAUGCUGAGCAGGUGCGCCAGGUGUUUCAACGAGUCCUGGGUUCGGCAUCAGACGAUUCAGGGAAAAAGCUCAAGGCCAAACAAGCUCGCUUCUUUUUCAAAAAGUGGCUUUCCUUUGAGGAGACCCUCGCCGCCACCGAGAGAGGAAGCGAGAAACGGGUGGAAGAAGUCAAGGCUAAAGCGGCUGAAUAUGUGAAUUCGCUCCAGGCCAAGCGAUAG